AAUCGGUGCCAGGACUUUGACAGGCAAGGAAUGGCAAGCAGAUGUCUCUUGAAAAGCGGUUGAAAUAUAUCUUGUAAAUAGUGAAUGUGCUAUUGAAUUCAGUUCAAUUAAAGGGCGUAACCGCCAAAUCAGAUGAUAGUUGGUGUUAAAAAAAUGCCAAGUGGCUAAUUGCUCAGCCACUUGUGUCUGUUUUUUGUUUUUUGUUUAUCGAUUUGUGUAUAACGACGAACUUGCACCCUAUAUGUACAUAUGUAUGUAAGUACGGCAGGCAAAACAACAGAGCAGAACUCACGCCCACUAAGUUGGCCAAAGUGGAAAAUAAUGCCAAGGUCCAAGAACCACAGGGAGUAAUUAAAUAGGAUUUGCCAGCGGAAAUCGUCGCAUAAAAUAAGAGUACAACAUCAUGGAUGUUGGUGGCCAGGAAACCACCUAUGAGCCGCUGGACGGACGUGGUUCCGGGCGUUCGAGGAGCAGUCAUUCCACAACCGGAUCCGGCCUGAGGCGUCCAGGCAGCAUGGACAGUCCGGAGUUCGAUAACCGUGCACCCAAGGAUCAGAGGCACUCCGUCUACCUGGCCCUACUGGCAGCGGGCAUUGGUUUUGUGUUGCCCUACAAUAGUUUCAUUAUUGCGGCGGACUACUGGCAGGCACGAUUCCCGGGUCGCCCGGUAGCCCUGGACAUGUCGAUGACAUACAUCUUCGUUGCCUUCGGCACCGUUUUGAUGAACAACAUUGUGCUAUCGGUGGCACCGUUCCAGUCGCGAGUGCUCUUUGGCUACAUGAUAUCCUUCACCACACUGAUCUUUGUCGCGGUGUGCGAGGUGGCUUGGCAUAUGUUCGCCACAAAUACCGCCUAUUUGGUGAAUAUGUCAGCUGUUGCCCUGACCGCCAUCGGAUGUACUGUGCAGCAGUCGAGCUUCUAUGGAUUCGCCUCCAUGCUGCCCAAGCAGUAUACCCAGGCGGUGAUGGCCGGCGAGAGUAUCGCCGGUUUCCUGGUGUCUUCCAAUCGGGUCGUUACCAAAUUGCUGAUUAACAACGAUCGCGUGUCCACGGUGAUCUUCUUUUUGACCUCAACGCUCUACAUACUCUUCAGCUACCUGUUGCAUGUGGCCACCAUUAACUCGCCGUUUGUGCGGUUCCAUGUGGAGGCCUGCUCCAAGAUCGUUUUGCGGCCGGAUGAGCAGGAGAUUGAUGGAGUUCCAAGUAGUACUCGAUAUGGUGUGCUCUCGAUGGACGGUACCCACACCACGACCACAUCGGUUGGACCUCCAGGCACUGGAAAUACCCUUAGUUUUAGCAAUCCCGUCUACGAGCUAUCCAACCCGACUGCCGGCGAGAGUAGCAUUGAAGCCCUCGGACAGCUGCCCGAACUUCCGGCCACGCCCCCAGCUCAGGAGCCUACAACGCCCACGACGGUGGCCUUCAAGGUGGAACACGUUAUCACGCCACGUCGUUGCCGGCCCAGCAAGUUGGGUGACAUCCGCGAGGGAUUCGUGACCCGAUGGCGAGUGGCCCAGGUGAUCUACCCGCACAUGGUGUGCAUCGCCUUGGCCUAUUGUGUGACCCUCUCGCUGUAUCCGGGUAUCGAGGUUGAGGUGCAGUCAUGUGCCCUUCGCUCCUGGAUGCCCGUGCUGUUGAUGUUCUGCUUUAAUACGUCGGAUGUGGUUGGCAAGAUACUGGCCGCCAGUCCGUAUCCAUGGUCGCGUCGCCAACUGAUCCUGCUGUCGGGACUAAGGAUUGUGCUGGUGCCGCUCCUGCUCCUCUGCUGUGCUCCCCGCCAGCGUCCCGUGAUAUCCGGCGAGACGGCGCCGUUUGUCUUCACCAUCGCUCUGGGCAUCACGAAUGGAUUGGCAGGCAGCCUGCCCAUGAUGUUGGCACCGGCAAAGGUGCCGGGAACACUCAAGGAGGUCACUGGCAAUAUAAUGACCCUGUCGUAUAAUGUUGGUCUGACGGUGGGCUCUCUGAUUGGAUACGUUUUCGAGAGUAUGCUGGGACCGCAGCUGGUGAAUCCGUGUCCCACAUAUCCCUAUGUGCCCGCCUCGAUGCUGGAACAGUUCCAUGGUCACGGGCAUGGACAUGGCCAUCUACCACAUCCUCUGCCGCUGACUAGCACCAGCACAAUGAGUCCACCAACUACGGGGGCCACCACAUUGGCGCCACUACUGCUCAACACCACGCUGGCUACGCUUAGUAGCUCUAGCUCCACCACCAGCACCGCCAGUCCGGCACUGGCCACCGUUAUCACAACCACAGCUCUGGCGCUCGCCAGUACGGUGGCCAGCGGAAGUGCCGAGGUGAUUAAUGCCACCAUAUCAUCGAUCCUGUCCACGGUCAGCAGUUCGGUGGGCGAUAUCAGCGACGAGAUGACCACAGAUCCUCAGACGCCAGAUGCACUGCUCGAAAAUAUCUAAGCGAUAUUUGAAUUUAUUAAGACUUGGAAAGAGUCCAUGCGACACAUUGUACACAGCCAUAUCUAACAUUAACAAGAUUCCGUUGACUUCAAUUUCAAAUCCUAAAAUCUAAAUUAAAUGCUCCAAGAAGUGGCAGAAAUUUAGAUUUUGAAAAAUGGUUGCUAGAAAGCAGGAAAUUGAUUGCAUACACACUUAUUAACUUCACUCUUUCGUCUUUUCAUGCCCGCGAACAAUAAUUUUCAAUAGUUAAUAGGUUUUUGGCUAGUUGGCUAGUUAAAUGAGUAAAAACCAACUGAAAGUCUUAACAAAACCGUUUAAAUCAAAUCAAGUAAUGCACAUUUAAUGAUGAUCAAUUUUCUAGCGCUUUGAUGUGGCUAAUGAAAUACGUAAAAUGUCAGAUUUUCCGAGUAUAUAUACACAAUGCUCAAGAAAAAAAAAAAAAAAAACCAAAGAACAUGUGAACAAUGAUUCCAAUUGAUAGCAAGCGCAAAUUCUAACUAUAGGCAAUACUACUCCUCUGUACUAAUUACUAUAUAUCUAGAACUAUAUAAACUGUAUAGGGUACUUUGUGAUUUCGUUUUGAUUUUAGCUGUUCUAGAGCCUAAAGUCUAGAACCCAAAUAUAUUAAUCUCCCCGAGUAUAUACUCAAAGCAAGUGCUAUGGAUUUCGAAUUGCAAACCUGUUGACUCAGAUCAUAAUGCUUAGUGUGAAUGGAUGGAUGUUCGGGCGAAUAAUUGAAAAAUGUCUGUUUAUUUUUGUAAGUGUGAGAAUUGAUUGUUGCAUAUGCAGGAAAUCAUAAUAAAUUUACACAAUGAACCCACAUCAGUGGGUGGUGGGUAAUAAAUAAUAUUUUAAUUUCAUUGUAAUAUGUGUAAGUAUGUCGUGAGUUAAAUGAAUGUCGGAUACGAUAAGUGUUGUAAGCAUUAUAAGCCAUCAAGUGCAAAAGCUGGUCU